AUGUGGCUACAAGAGGCUCUCUGCAGUAAUCCGAUCUGGAGAAGCCCUGAAAACUGGUGCCGGUCCCAACCGAACCAGUCCUCAGAUAUAUUCUCUUUCGGAAUCGUGAUGAUCUAUAUCAUGCACAAUAUAAUGGCCUUCCACAUCAGCCAGGAGCAUCUGUCAGCGAAAGACAUGUGGCGCCCAAUCCUCCGCCGAGAUAUCUCCUAUUUUGCAGAUGAAGACAGUCUGAAUCGGCUUCUUACGCAUAUGGGAAAAGAAAACGAGUUUUUCUUCCGCCUGAUUGAACUCGCCGGCAGCUUUACGCCGGGAGAUCUCAGGCAACCUUUCGCGUCUUGGGAUUUUGUGCAGCCAGAGCUAAGGGAUCUACCCGAAAUUUGA